AUGGUAUUCGCACCGAGGAGGAGGGUCUUGGCAGCAGUCUGUCUGUUCGCAACUCGGGCUGCAGCUGGCUCGCUGGCGGCUUGGUACACGGAUCUGGGACCUAGUUUGCUGCUCCAAGAUGACGAGACGAGCCACGUCCGAUACAGCCUGUGCACAAGCGAGAACACGCCCAUCUUGCCCGAGGACAAGACCAUCAUUGCGCCUCUGUACAAGUAUCAACCCAGGAACGGGACCGCGCUGGCGGGCACCGGUUGGUACGAUUCCAAGAUCACCUGGGCAUCCAUCUUUUACCAAGACACCAACGACAAUAUCGUCAACUCGUAUCUGAAAUGCGAUCCCAAUACGGGGUACUGGCUGAGCCAGGGAGACUACAUCAUUUCGGGCAACGCGCCGUCGGUGGCGACUGGCACCGGGCUGGCGGCGGUUCUGCUCGGGUCGACGGGCGGGUACCGCGUCUUUUACCACGACACCGACAUGACGAUUCGGCAGAUUGGGUACACUACCGAUUCCGGUUGGAACGAUAUUGGCGCUGUGACCCAGGACGGCAGCCUGGGCAAUGCCAUUGGUGCCGUCUACAGCGGCAAGAAGAGCAACAUCACCGUGGCGGCGGCCACGGGCAGCCAAGACAUCGAGAUCAGCCAAUGGUUCGACGACGACUCGUGGCAUAUCUCCGCAUUCCCACAACCGCUGUCCGGUGACCUGGUCACCAACGCCACCAACGCAACCUCAAUCGCACUCAACACGACCAGCGCCGCCAACUUUACGCUGCCCGCCUGGGACGGCACGGCGUCGUCCCUGGGCGUGUCCACGCACCACUCCGGUACGCGCUCCAUCUUCUACAUAGGGACGGACUCGGCGCUGCACCAAGCCAGCCAAUCCGGCAAUGAUGCGUGGCACAUCGAAGCGUCCCCCAACGCCACCUUUUGGCCCAGCCCCGACGCCGCCGCACGCGGUCAACUGGCCGUGGCUUCGGACGGGCAAAAUGGCCAGCUGCGCGUGUACUACCAGAGCGGGGGACAGAUUGUCGAGCUCAACGGCGACGGCCUCGACUGGACCAUUGCGGCUGCCGCCCUGCCCAACGCCAACUCGACCGCCAGCUCGGGGGGUACUAGCAAUGGUGGCAGCGACUCGUCGGGGUCGACUGACGACAGCAACGGCGAUGGCAGUAGCUCGAGCAGUAGCAGCAACAAUAGCAGUGGUGGCUUGUCCACGGGCGCCAAGGUCGGCGUCGGUGUUGGAGUGAGCAUGAGCGCUGUUGCGGUUGUAGGAAUCCUUGGUGGCCUCUUCUUCCUCCGCAAGAGGCAGCAGCGUCGAAAUAAAGAAUCAACAUUUGGAGGAAGUACACUUGCAGGAGGGUCCAGCAUGGCUCCGACACCGAACAUGGGCUACUCAACAGCGGCAUAUCCAAACCAUGUAUCUCCGCAAACAGCGUACCCACCAUAUGGCGUAUUGGACCAAACUGCAUAUCAUCAGUCAAACGGCUGGGAAACAUACUAUAGUCAACCACAUGUGACACCGAAACAGCCAGGCGAGCUUGAAACAGGGGCCCCAGCAGCACAGGAAAUGCCACAAAACUUUAGAUAUCAUGAAAUGGUUGGCGAAGGUCACUACAGGGAGGCGCCAUAA